AUGGAUGGCGUGCUUCGCGAGCUUGACGGCCUCCACACCGUCAUCGAUACACAACAGUCGACGCUCCGAAAGUACGUCGUGGCGCUCGAGUACACCGUCGAUGGCAAGGCCGAAAGGAAUGGAUCGAACGCAUCAUCUUCAGAGAAGCACAAGAGUGAUACACUGCAUGGCAUCCUCAUUGUAACUGUCGGCUGUAAGGAUGCAUGGUGGAGCGUCGAGAUUCAGGGUUCAGCACUCUGCACAAUGAUUCGGGCGGAUGUCAAGGGGACCGGCGGCGAUUAUGAAGAGCUAACGCACGUCGAAUGCCAGCUCUUUGCAGACAAGGUCAACAGCGCGUUCAGUCGGCAAAGCAUAAUGGUCGGUGUCAAGAAGUCUGCAUCGCUAGAUAGCAAAACAUGGACAUCGGUUGUACUGUAUAUCGACGUUGAACAGGACCCAGUCACACUCAAGUUGAGACGCCUGACCGACAAGUCAGCUCUGGACCGCAGUACCAACAUCAUACUGCUCGCCAAGACAGACAUUGCCUCGAGCAAUGCAGUUCAUUCAGCCUCAAGCCGCAAAGUCGACAGCAGGCCCUCACCGGAAUUCCACCAACUACAACGCAAAUACGAGGCGGCGCAACAAGCAUUGCGAGAGGAGCGGCACAAAUACCGUUCGCUACUCGCUGCUCCCUCUGCAGCCAACGCACGCGGUGGCGGUAGAAGACCUGUGGUUGGUCUCGAUCCGAUGCUGCAAAGAGCUUCUCAGAGAUCGCAGAGCAUGCUUCUGGAGACACCUUCUUCGCCAUCGUCGAGUACGAGCAUCAGAUCGGGAUUGCCGAGUAGCAGCGGCUCGGGAGGCAUCACUGGUCCGAGCUCGGAUGAUCUGCAGGAUGUACCGCCGUCACAGAGGACACUGUCGCUGGUGAAUCCGACGAGAGUUCGCAGAGCUGAUCCGGGUGAAAACCAAGAUUUCGUUGGUGAUAGCGAUGAGGGUCUGUAG